AUGACCACCACCGGAGACAUGGAUGCUUCCGGAGAGGGCCUCACGGCUCCGGAGGCCAUCAAAAGCCGGGCCUGUGCCAACUGUGCCCGGCUCAAGAUGAAGUGUCGAUGGCCGGUUCCUGGGGCCGGCCAGGACGAGGGAGGCUGCAUUAGAUGUGCUCGCAUGAAGAUUUCGUGUCAUGUGCCCGCACCUGUGCAGAGGAAGAAACGAGGCAAAUCGACGCGCGUUGCCCAGCUGGAGAAGAAGAUUGACGGCUUGGUGUCCAUGCUUGCAUCAGGACAGCAUAUACAAGCCUCCGGAACACCUCCGUUGACCCCGGAGAGCCACGAUACAGGGAUAGCAGCGUCAGGCCGAGGGGUAUCGAAAGCACCAACCUCAAGGCCGCUGCAAGACGCCAUUUCCGCCCUACCCCAACCCAACCGAGUCAGCGUCCGUGAAGAAGCCCCCCAAAUCCCCCUUCCCAUCCCAUCCGAGCCGGCAACGACGUUUCAGUUGAUCCCGGGCUUCAGCUUUAACCUCGAGGAAGUGGUCUCGUACUUUGCCAUUUACCGGCGCGAGUUCAUGCCCAACUACCCCUUCGUCAUCGUGCCGGAAGACUUGGAUCCUCGGUCGCUGUACGCUUCGUCGCGAUGUCUCUUUUGGACAGUCAUGGCGGCUGUUGCGCCGCAGUCGUCGGCUACGCAGCAAAGCGUCGAGAAUUGGUUUCGCCAGUAUAUCGCGGACCGGAUGGUUGUUAAGCAGGAAAGGAACUUGGGGAUAUUGCAGGCUCUACUGCUUCACUUGGCUUGGGGGGAUUUCCAUUUCUAUAUGAAUACAGAAGCGACAAACUUUCUUCAUCUGGCUGUGGCCAUGGCUCUCGAUCUCAAGCUGGACAGAUCCCCAGACGCCACUCAUAUGCAUCCCAGAUCUCUUGUGGGUGAGGCCUGGGCGACCAUCAACAAGGGUGCCUCGAAGCAGAAGCCUCAUACCGCCGACGAGAAGCGAGCCGUCCUGGGGCUCUAUCAUGCCACAUCACUCAUCUCUGCUCUGUUCAAGCGAGGCAAUCACUUUCCUUGGAACAACUACCUCUCUCACUGCUGCGAAUCGCUGGCCGAGUCUCCCCUGGAAUCAGACCUGUUCCUCGUCGCUCUGGUCAAGAUGCAGCGUGUUGCCGAUCGAGCCAACAGCAUGCUUCCGGGCUUUGACGUCGUCGACACGACUCUGAGCGCACAUCUGUCGCCAAUGGACAUGGUCAUCAACAACGUCCGCCGAGAACUCCACGAUCUGAUGAGCAUCCAGCCUGAAUGCGUCAAAAGGAAGAGCCUAUUCAAGGCAUACUACCAAGUCACACUCAUGCGCUUCGCCGAGCCCGCAAUCCCCAUCCCAUCAUCAACCCCCUCCUCCUCCGAAGCACUCGCCACCCUCAACCCCCCCGACCCAUUGCAACGCUUCGACACCCUCUGGAAAUGCCUCCUCUCCGCCAUCGACUUCUUCGACAUCCUCCUCUCCUAUCAUCCCAACCAGCUCCCCGGCCUCCCCACAUUCGUCACGGGCCUCCUUGCUUUUGCCAUAGUUACCUCCUCGCGCCUGCUCGUCAUGGAGCCGUCAAUCGACUGGCAGCCCGCCAUGGCCCGCAGAAAGCUCGACUUUGCAGACUUGACGAAGCGUCUUGGCGAUCGCUUCGAGGACGCAGACACCUGGGCCAAGGAAGCCGGCCGCAGACGUCGCUUGCUGGACGCGGGCGGCGCGCAGUUUUGCAGGCUGAGCUUCAAGCUUCGCUGGAUCCGGCAGUGGUAUCUCUCGCGGGUUCCCCAGGAGCAGCAGCAGCAGCAGCCGGAAGCUCAGUUGCCUGGUGAUAUAGGUGGUGGUGGUCCUGGUGGUGCUGGUGGGGAGACGACGCUGCAGGAUCCGGAUGUGGUGUUUUGGCAGGAGUAUGAGUUUGAGGAUGCCCUGUGGCCGGGCUUUAUGCCCAUAUAG